GGGGAAGCGCCGGACGGCCGCCUCCGCCACUGCAGCUGCAGCCCCCGAUGUCGCCGCAGUGAUCGCGACCGCAGCAGCACCCGCACCCGCACCCUCAGCGGCCGCAGCAUCAGCACCGCAGGGCCGAGCCCGGAGCCCACCACCCCGCAGGAUGGCUGUAGCUCCUCCAAGUUACUGUUUUGUGGCCUUCCCACCACGUGCUAAGGACAGUCUGGUGGUAUUUGGGAAAAAUUCAGCUCGACCCAGGGAUGAAGUACAAGAGGUUGUGUAUUUCUCGGCUGCCGAUCAUGACCCCGAGAGCAAGGUUGAGUGCACUUACAUUUCAAUCGAUCAAGUUCCCAGGACGCACGCCAUUGUGAUAAGCAGACCUGCCUGGCUUUGGGGGGCAGAAAUGGGAGCCAACGAACACGGAGUGUGCAUAGCCAACGAAGCCAUCAAUACCCGAGAACCAGCCGCUGAGACAGAAGCCUUACUGGGGAUGGAUCUGGUCAGGCUUGGUUUAGAAAGAGGGACAACAGCUAAAGAAGCCUUAGAUGUCAUCGUCGCCUUGUUGGAAGAACACGGACAAGGUGGGAAUUAUUAUGAAGAUGCAGACUCCUGCCACAGCUUCCAAAGUGCGUAUCUGAUUGUGGAUCGUGAGGAGGCCUGGGUGCUUGAGACCAUAGGGAAGUACUGGGCUGCCGAGAAGAUCACAGAGGGAGUCAAGUGCAUUUGCAAUCAGCUUUCACUCACCACUAAGAUUGACGCAGAGCACCCUGAACUGAGGAGUUACGCCCAGAGUCAAGGCUGGUGGACAGGAGAGGACGAGUUCAAUUUUUCCGAAGUUUUUUCUCUAGCUGAUGACCAUCUACACUGCUGUGCAGGCAAAGACAGCUUAGAAAAGCAAGAAGAAAGCGUCACUGUGCAGACUAUGAUUGACAUCUUACGGGACAAAGCCAGUGGAGUCUGUGUAGACUCCGAGUCUUUCCUCACCACAGCCAGUGUCGUGUCUGUCCUGCCUCAGAAUAGAAGCUCACCGUGCAUUCACUACUUCACCGGGACCCCAGAUCCUUCCAGGUCCAUAUUCAAGCCUUUCAUCUUUGUCGAUGAUGUAAAACUUGUCCCGAAAACACAGUCUCCCUGUUUUGGGGACGAUGACCCUGCCAAAAAGCAGCCUCGGUUCCAGGAGAAACCAGACCGCCGGCAUGAGCUGUACAAGGCCCACGAGUGGGCACGCACUGUCAUUGAAAGUGACCAGGAGCAAGGUCGGAGGCUGAGGAAGACCAUGCUGGAACUGGAGAAGCAAGGCCUGGAAGCCAUGGAAGAAAUCCUGACCAGCUCUGGCCCCCUGGACCCCACCGAAGUGGGGGAUCUUUUCUAUGACUGUGUUGACACGGAGAUUAAGUUCUUUAAGUGAAGUAAGCAUUCCCUUUCCCCUUCUUAUUUAAAGUUUCCCACCUUACUAAAUUACCAGCAAAACAAACCGCUCUCCUGUUUGAGUAAAAUGAGCAAGUUCAGAUGUGUUAAAGUCACACUGUUAGCUUGUGUUCCUCCUUGAAUCUCAAAAUGUCCCCUUCUUCUGCAGUGUAGGCCCCUUCUUUUGCAAUGUCCAUGUAUCCCAUUUGCCUGUCAUUAGAUUGUAUGACUAACUGUGGAUUUUAAGCUGCUAUUAUUGUAUUUCAGUGACAAUGGACACAUUAGCUUUCUCACGGGAGGACUAGAGUUCAUCGGGCCUUGAAAGACAGGCUCCACAGUGCUGAGUUUGCGGGAAAAGCAAAAUCUUUUGAAGUCUUGCUCUUUUUCUCAGUAAUGGCUUCUUUCAGGUUUUAACAAAAGGCAUUUCUUUGUCUGGCUCAGGGCUCUUGUGUGUGUACUUGAGGGAGAAGCUUCCCGGCCUCCUCUAACUGGAAGCGUGUGUAGUGCAGAAUGUCUCUGGAUGUGUCUUCUGAGAGACAAACCAAUGGGAAGGAAUAAAGGGGGUUCCUCUCCAGUCCCAGCUGCGUCCCCAUUCCCGUGAUCCUUAAAGACCCAUCUUCUGUGCACUGUGCUUGUGUCCAGUGGACCCACGUGCAGGAGAGUCAGUCAUCUGUGUUAGCUGGAACCUGCCCACUUUAGAGAUUCAGUGGCAGCCAUGCCGGUGACUUCCCUGAAUCACUGCGUGGAUCUCCCAAAAGGUAGGCAGCUCUCCCUGCACAGCAGCACACGCCCCACAUGGAUGUGGCCUUGUGUGGAAAUGAUUCCGGGCCUGAUGACCGCCAUCUAGUUUAGGAUUAAUUAAAUGGCCCUGUGGUAUAGUUCCACCCCACAAAGCUGCGAAUCUCUCAGCUAAUGAGGGAAAGAACAGGAGAGACUCUUGACUGUUUAGUUUCCAGUUAAAGUAGCUGGAAUCUGAGCAUCCACUACAUUAUCUCAGCAGAGGCUUUAAUUAAACUGAUUUGUUUUCAACGUCGUGUUUGCGUGAAGGAUUUGACUUAGCACCAGAGCAUAGAAAAGCAUGCAAGGAAGACCAGAUGGGCUCAGCAUUGGGAAGUCAGAGGGCAAGAAGGUGACAGAUGGUUGUAGAAGCGUUUCACUCCAAGGUAGCAAUCCAACCCCUACCCUUCCUGCCCAGCCUGUUAUAUCCCACAAAGCUGCGUAGCAAGCAACUGGCUUUCCCUGGUCCUUCCCUUUAUUCCUAAUGCUCUGCAUGUCCCAGGAGCUGCCUUCAGACUGGUAGCUGAAGUGGGCAGGCGGGGGCUGGGGGCUUACUUCCAGCCAUUGGGACUCUCAGCCACUCUUGAAAAGGAAAGGGGGCAGACAUGAUUAAUAGAAAUGUAUGUUAAUAUAGUAGCUAGUGGGAGAACAGCAGCUUAAUUACUCUAGCCUUACCCAUACCAUUUGGGCCUAAUCAUGCUUCAUCAAUAGGAAUUUGCAAAUGGAAACACUGUGAGUGUCAAUAGUCUUGGAAGUAAUUAGAAUUAGUGACUCCUUCGCAGUAGCCGCAUAUCAUAGGCCAUGAGAGCCGGAAGGGACUUGGGCCCCAUACACAGAUGUGGACACUGAGGGUCACAGGUUUUACUGGAACAAAUCUUUUUUCCUACCAGGUCCUCUUUGACAGUUGCGGGCAUAAGAGCACUGUGAGCUUUUUGCCCAGCAGUUUUGUAAAUUCUGUAUGUAAAAUCACUAACUACAAGUGGUGAGAGAUGGAAGAAUAUUUGAGCUGACAAAGUUAACAGCAACCAUUCAUGGUAGCUUUUAGUUGCUGAGAGUUUCAUCCAGGUUUGGCCUGGGUUUUUACUGUUGCUGAACUUAGGGUCUCCUCUUAGGCGGAGCAGCCAUUCUGAGAGCAUCUGUCUACAGCUGCCAAGGGGAGAAGGGUAGGGUCCCAGGAUGACAUAGGUACCUCAUCCCCUCCUGAGUCCACCUGCUGAGUGGUUAUUUAGAACAAGAUGGUACAGAAAGCCACUCUAAAAUUUCGCCACGUGGUCUCACCUCCACCUAUUAUGGAAACAUUUCAUCAGACCUGACAUGUCUGAGAAUCCCAAGGUGAUUUGGGGUUUGAAGUCUAGUGAGAGGAAAUUACAGAGGCCUGCUUUCAUUAUUAUGGGCUAGGCAAAGGUCACGGAUAACCCAGCCAGCUUUAUGCCAUUACCCAGCCAUUGUGCAGUGGGAAACACAAUGGCUACU